AUGAUUCAUGGAACAUUGGUUAAGGAACAAACUAAAUCAAAACGUUUAAAUGGCAUUGAUAAGGAAUCUUUACGUGAAAUAGAAGCUCUUUUAUUAGCUGUUCCUAAUCUUGAAGAACAAUAUCAUGUUCUCAAGUUGAUUGGUUAUGGCACAUUUAGCUGUGUUUUUAAAGCAAUUGAUCUCAGAUAUCAUGAAUAUGAUAAUUCUUCAUGGGAAAAUAAACUAGGUGCAUUACGUUAUUGUACUAGAUUAUCGGUUCAACAAACUCGUUAUGUGGCUAUUAAGCGAAUAUAUGUUACUCAAUCAAUGCAUAGAAUUAUUAAAGAGCUUAAAAUUCUUGAGCAGUUGAAAGGUAAACCAUCGGUAACAUGUGUUAUUACAGCUUUUAGACAUCAAGACCAGGUUCUGAUUAUUUUGCCGUACAUUAUGCAUGCGGAUUUUAAAGAGUUUUAUCUCGGUUAUACACUUAAAGAUGUUUCUAUUUACAUUAAGGAAUUAUUUCGUGCAUUAAAUUCUAUUCAUGAACUAUCAAUUAUUCAUCGAGACAUUAAACCAGCUAAUUUUUGUUGGAAUCCGUUUUCUAGAAAAGGAUCACUUGUCGAUUUUGGACUAGCACAAUGGGAAAAAGAAUUUGAUAUGUCAUGUACCUGUAGUAAAAAGUGUUUAGAAAAUUCUAGUUUUUUUAAUAAAGGAAGUAUGGAGUCUUUUAUGUUAUUGGAACCAAAUAAUGCAUAUAUUAAAAAAGAUUUAAGACCAUCUAAAAAGGGUGAAAGAGGAGGAACAAGAGGAUUUAGAGCACCAGAGGUUCUUUUUCGCUGCAAAAGUCAGCGUUGUGCAAUUGAUGUUUGGUCUGCUGGAAUUAUUCUUUUGGUUUUUUUUAUUAAGAGAUUUCCUCUUUUUCAGAGCGAUAAUGAUAUUAAUGCUCUUGUUGAACUAACACAUAUCUUUGGACGAAUAGAAAUGAAGAAAUGUGCACAAUUACAUAAUUGCUCUUUUCAUGAUAAUAUUCCUUCAAUAUCUGACUCAAGAAUUUCAUGGUGGCAGUUGAUAAAAAUAUUUUCGAUUAAUGAUAGUUAUUCAAUAUUUGAUGGCGAAGAUGAAUCUGUUAUUAAAUUUGCAUUAGAUUUUUUAGAAAAAUGUUUAAUGUUAAAUCCUUCAGAAAGAAUUCAGUCUAAAGCAGCAUUAGAGCACCCUUUUUUGAACUUGGUUUAA